AGAUGGCCGCCUUGUGGCGUCUCUGGCGCUGUUGAAUGGAGAAAUCUUUAUUGUUCCCUUCGGGCAGGAGUGUUCGUGUCCUCUAUGGCGCUGUCAAUAAAGAACGGCAGUUUGAAUCGGUGCUGAACAGAAUUGGGUGCUGUGUUCCUGUGUGGUCCAGAUUGAUUCCCUGCUGAAGAAAAGUAUAUUCUCAUAAUUGAGUUGGUGAAAACUCAGAAUUCAUCCAGAUGUUCAGGUCAGAGCAAAAUGUCUGUCGGUGCCCGUGACAAAGCCAAGGAUCUUUGUUAACACCUAAGAGGUUGGACGUGAGAGCCCUGAAGCGAUGAUUGCUUGUUGAGACUCUUGACUGCAGGAUACAAGAGUCACAUUCAAUGUGAUGCAGUCGCUGUCCCCAGUCACUUGUCAGAUGAAUGUGUUGCUCAGGAGAUUUUGCAGUUUGGCCUGUCAAGAGUCAUCUUGGAUGAACGACUGGAUCUGUGCAGCAUGGCCAAGAAAGACAGAGGAUCCAGUGCUGAUCUCACAGAGUACGUUCUGAAAGAGAGAGGAAGAGAAGUCCUCGGGGCGCGCUGAUGCGAUGGAGCUCCCCAACUAUAGCCGGCAGCUGCUGCAGCAGCUGUACACGCUGUGCAAGGAGCAGCAGUUCUGUGACUGCACCAUUUCCAUCGGCACCAUCUACUUCAGGGCCCACAAGCUUGUCCUGGCUGCUGCCAGCCUCCUGUUCAAAACCCUGCUGGACACCACAGACACCAUCUCCAUCGAUGCAUCUGUGGUGAGCCCCGAGGAGUUCGCCCUCUUGCUAGAAAUGAUGUACACUGGCAAACUACCUGUGGGCAAGCACAACUUCUCCAAAAUCAUCUCAUUAGCCGACAGCCUCCAGAUGUUUGACGUGGCUGUUAGUUGUAAGAAUCUCCUGACUAGUCUUGUAAACUGCUCUGUUCAGGGUCAGGUGGUGAGGAAUGUCUCCGUGCCAUCCCCAGAGUCUUUCAGGAAGGAGUCAGAGAGGCCUGGAGUAGAAAUCCUUUCCGCAGAGGGCGCGGGAGAGCUCUGUUCUCCCCCACCGGCUUCUACCCCUGGGAAGGCCGAGACCCAGGAAGCCAUCCACAUGGUUGCACAAGAGAUGAGUGUGGGUCCUUCCCCUGCCCCGGAGGUCGAGGGGGAUGCAGACGCCCCAGUGGAGACUUCUCCUACAGCUGAAGUCUAUCCUUCCUCCCCUGUUGCACAAGCCUUCAGUGAGGCAAAGGAGGCAAGCACAGAACCAGAGUAUGAGAGGAAACACUACCAGCUGACUUUUCUUCUAGAAAAUGAAAAUAUCUUCUCAGACACACUCUUGGUUACCCAGGAUGUUUUAAAAAAACUGGAGGAAUGUUCAGAAAUUAAAGGUGUACAGAAGGAGACCAUAAGGGGAUGUCUUGCGGGUGAAGGACAUUCGGCAUUCCAGAGAAUCCUGGAUAAAGUAAGAGAUGAGAGCCUGGAUGUUCAGACUGUUGUGUCCCUGUUAAGGCUGUACCAGGACUCCAGCCCUGCAGUAAAGGCAGCACUGUUGGGCAGAAAGCCAGAGGAUGUGGAAGUGGUGCAGCCAAAAGGGAGCACAGACGAGGGAAAGACCUUGUCUGCUCUGUUACUAGAACACAAAGAGGACCUGAUCCAGUGUGUAACACAGCUGAGACCUAUUGUGGAGUUCCUGGAAACAGACAAGGAGGAAUUCCUGCCUGACACUGAGAAAAGGGUGAUUCUGAAUUGCUGUGAGGGCGGAACACCCAAGGAGACGAUAGAAAAUUUGUUGCACAGAAUGUCUGAAGAGAGGACCCUGACUGCUGAGAGUUUGGUAAAACUCCUUCAGGCUGUGAAGAUGACAUUCCCAAACUUGGGCCUUCUGCUGGAGAAUUUGCAGACACCAGUCACUUUGCCGAGCACCACAGUCCAAGCAAGCCCUGAUGACUACGGGACUGAGCUAUUGAGACGGUAUCAUGAAAACCUCUCUGAGAUUUUUACAGACAACCAGAUGUUGUUAAACACGAUCCCGCAUGUGAAGAGUUUAGCCCCUGGAGAAAGAGAGGUCAUGGAGACGCUUGUGAAACGUGACUCUGGUUCGGGUGGCUUCAGUUCUCUGAUGUCAGCGGUUCUAGAAAAGCAGACUCUGUCCGCGACAGCCGUUUGGCAGCUGCUGCUGGUGGUUCAGGAGACAAAGACCUGCCCGUUGAGCCUGCUCAUGGAGGAGAUACGAAGGGAGCCUGGGGCCGAUGCUUUCUUCCGGGCAGUGAGCACCCCAGAAAGUGCUGCCUUCGCAGCGCUCCUGAGGCAUCGCGCGCUGACCCUGGAGGCCAUCCAGCACAGGCUUGCACUCAGGGGCUUUGCCUCAGAGGAGGAACACCUGGCGCAGACCAUGAAGGAGGUUCUGAGCAUUCCCUCUGCACCAGCCAGCCCCGAAGCUUCCCUGAGAGCGGCGCUGAGCAGAGCCGUGGAAAAGCCCAUCUCAGUCGCCGAGAUAUGUCAGCUCCUGUGCAGCGUCCACAAGUCUUUCCCAGGCCUGCAGCCUGUCAUGCAGGAGUUAGCACAUGCUGGUUUCCUUACUCAGGAAAAUGGGGAGAAGGAAAGGUGGAAGGUGAGUCACAAAUUUCACGUUGAAGACAAUGACAAAGCAGAUGAAAAGACAGCUGAGCCUGUUGAAGAGGACUGCCAGUCUGGGAGACAGAACGACCAAGGGGAGGCCAGUUCCUUGCCAGAGCAACAAGAGAAAGACGCUUCUGCGUCCCCAGACUCUGCCAAGAAGAGCUUCGUCUGUAAGGCCUGUGACAAGAGCUUCCAUUUCUACUGCCGCCUGAAGGUGCACAUGAAGCGCUGCCGGGUGGCCAAGAGCAAACAGGUGCAGUGUAAGGAGUGUAAUGAGACCAAGGAUUCUAAGAAAGAGCUGGAGAAGCAUCAGCUGGAGGCCCAUGGUGCAGGUGGAGGGGCUGACGUCCCCAAGAAGAAGAAGAAGAGGCUUCCAGUGACAUGUGACCUCUGUGGAAGAGAAUUUGCUCACGCCUCAGGCAUGCAGUACCACAAACUGACCGAGCACUUUGACGAGAAGCCUUUCUCCUGUGAAGAGUGCGGAGCAAAGUUUGCAGCCAACUCUACCCUGAAGAACCACCUGCGCCUCCACACCGGGGACCGCCCGUUCGUGUGCAAGCACUGCCUCAUGACCUUCACCCAGGCCUCUGCCCUGGCCUACCACACCAAGAAGAAGCACUCGGAAGGAAAGAUGUACGCAUGCCAGUAUUGUGAUGCUGUGUUCGCCCAGUCCAUCGAGCUGUCCCGCCACGUGAGGACCCACACCGGGGACAAGCCCUACGUCUGCAGGGAUUGUGGCAAGGGCUUCCGGCAAGCCAAUGGCCUCUCCAUCCACCUGCACACCUUCCACAACAUAGAAGAUCCCUAUGACUGCAAGAAGUGCAGGAUGAGCUUCCCCACCCUGCAGGACCACCGCAAGCACAUCCACGAGGUGCACUCCAAGGAGUACCACCCCUGCCCCACCUGUGGGAAGAUCUUCAGUGCCCCCUCCAUGCUGGAGCGGCACAUGGUGACCCACGUCGGAGGGAAGCCCUUCAGCUGCGGGAUCUGCAACAAGGCCUACCAGCAAUUGUCUGGUUUGUGGUACCACAAUCGGACCCACCACCCUGAUGUGUUCGCUGCUCAGAACCAUCGGUCUUCAAAGUUCUCCUCACUGCAGUGCAGCUCGUGUGACAAAACCUUUGCCAACACUGUCGAACACAAGAAGCACAUCAAAACAGAGCACGCAGAUACGAAGUUCCAUGAAUGUGACCAGUGUAAGGAGCUCUUCCCCACGCCGGCUCUGCUUCAAGUUCACAUCAAGUGCCAGCAUUCAGGGUCGCAGCCCUUCCGGUGCUUGUACUGCGCGGCCACUUUCCGCUUCCCCGGAGCGCUGCAGCACCACGUCACCACGGAGCACUUCAAGCAGUCGGAGAGCACCUUCCCCUGCGAGCUCUGCGGGGAGCUCUUCACCGCCCAGGCCCAGCUGGAGCGUCACUUGGAAUCCGAACACCCAAAGGUGACAGGCCCUGAAACCCAGGCAGCAGCCUCGCAGAUGCUGCAGGUGAUUCAAACGCCAGAGCCGGCGGCCUCAACAGAGCAGGUGAUCACUUUGGAGGAGACCCAGCUUGCUGGUUCACAGGUAUUUGUGACGCUGCCAGACUCUCAGACAUCUCAGACCAGCUCUGAGCUCGUGGCGGUGACUGUGGAGGAUCUGCUGGAUGGCACUGUGACCCUGAUCUGCGGUGAGGCCAAGUGAGUGGCUGCUUACCUGGUGAAGGGGUCCUGCAUUCGCAGCAGAGGGAAAGCUCCGUGGCUUGCCCUUUGCCCUCUGUCCCUGGCUGUCCUGAGCAGUGAGCCUCUUCGCCUAGCACCAACCAGAAUGGUCUCUCUUGGAAAACAGACAGAAGAAGUGUCAUUGUUCUCAUAGAACCAACAAUGUCUGGGUCAUCGGCGCCGGCCCACUGCUCUCCAGAGCAAGCAGGCCUACUUCCCCACAGGCCUGAGGUGGCCUCUGUGACACUGUCCACCCCUAACCGGGGUAUAGCUUCAGAAACAGAAUCUGAAGGAGCUGUGGGGUAGGAGCUGGUGACCAAGGUAACCAGAGAGGGGCAAUGGGCUGGCAGUCCUCUGUGUAGAAUGGCAGGCGUGGGACUGGAGCCCACACAGUGGGGCUGCAGACGCUGUCAGUGCCUUUUGGCCAUUUAAGAAUGAGAGAAAAGCACCCACAGACCAUCCACGGACUCCCAGUCUGGAGCACACUCGGCCCCUUCCUCACUUCUUUUAUCCUCCAGCUGCUUGGUGGUGAUGUUAGCACAGGAAGGCCAUUUACAUGGGCGUCUACCUGGGUAGUACAUCAGGCCUUCCAGAAAUGACACCUUUGAAAUGUUUCUGCUGGACGGUCCUGCCCCUCCAGGAUCUUCGUGGUGGUCUGCACCUGAAGGCUGGACUCUGCAGCCUUUCCCGUGUCCUCCUCCCGUUCCCUAGUCAUUGUCUACAACUCCUGCCCAACCGGGAGGCCUUGCCCCUCCCUCUGGAUCAUGUAAUACAGCUAAGCAAGCAGUGCCAGGGGGCGUAGUGCCCGUGCCACCCCGGCUCUGCCUUUUGCCACUGUCUUCCACGCUGGGUGCGUGGCCUGCCGUCCGAGCUCUUCCAGGCUGCCGCUGCUGCUGCAGGUCAGUGGUCCUUUGGAGUCGGAAUCUCACCAAGCUUUUUUAUCUUCAGUUCCUAACAUGUAAUCUGAUAAUGAAUGGUUUGUGGAAUCCAUUAUGAAGUGCAGUUAGGUGGAUGGAUGUAGGUUCCCCCAUUUGGAGGGAAUGGCUAGCAUUUGUCUUCUGUUCCCCCAUGCCAGAAGGUUCUGCUAGUGCAGCAUUUACAAACAGGCGUGGGGGCUUGCCCCCCUGCAGAAGACUGGCCCACCCCUUUCCAAGCACAUUUCACAUCUCCAGGGGCAAGCUGGGAUAUAGGGUCGAUUUUGGUCACAGUCAGGACUUUUAUUGCCACCGCACACUGCUGGAACAGCAGAGGCGGGUCCUUGACACUGACCCGUGUGUUCCAUGGCUGGCGAGCGGCGUGGAGCUGCAGCAUGGGCCAGCUCACCCCUCUGCCUGCCGCUCCUGCCUCCAGUGCAUCCCCAUUUGAUAUGCAAAUCACCUGAGCUCCUCUGCCCAGGGAUCUUCCUUCUGAACUAAAUGAAGAUUUGAAAGGCAAGUUGGCCUCAAAGCCAAAAACUGACCAGAAGAUGGUGCUCAAACCUUUAAGACUUGGACUCCGCCUGCAGCCCUCACUGCUUCUGCCAAGCCUGGCUCUGUCUGUCUCCUCAAGAUUUUCAGUCCUGUGAGCUGUCCGACCAGGAGAGCUCUCCACCCGCAAGUGGCAAAAUGGCACUGACUCUCCCCCGACACCAGACGACACCCACUGGAGGGGAGGGGAGUGGCUGUGCCCACUGGGCUGGGCGGAGAAGGUGCAGCUCCUCAGAGCCACAGAGCGGGUCGGGUGGGGACGGCAGUGUCAUCAGACCAUCUUCCAGCCGAAACACAAAAUAAGUAAGAAGUGAAUCACUGAGGGCCAGUAGGAGAAAGUUAAUUUUUCUUUUUAAAAAGUCUUCUGAAUAAAGAGGGCUGUAUGUUUAGACUCAAGUUUCAGAUCCUUUCAAGUACUGAGAAACCCUCUCAGUUUCUGAUGGGCCCAGGUUGUAAUAGAACAGGCAUUUUCUCCAGAAUCACCAGGCCAGCGGGUCGCCGAGCCGGGAGCAGACGAAGCGGCCUUGCUGCCGUGGACUCGCCCGUGGCACGUGUCAGCAGGUUCGAGCCCUGCCCGUUUCAGUCGGGUGUGAGGAAGGGCCGCCCUGAAUUCACUCUGCUCUGAGCGGACUUUUGCAAGACAUGGAUGCAGUAGCAGUGAUUUUACAGUGUCGCUCCCUAGAGAUGCCCAGGUGUGAGUUUCAUUGUAGAAAAACUUUUUCUAGUUCUCUUUGGCCAUUUUCUCCCACUUCUGCUGAAGAGACCUGAGUUGUUGCCACAGAGGACAUUGCUAUCGUGGUCUCAGGCCACAUCACCAACUUUCCUUAUGGCGGUGCCCUCUCCACCUCGUUGCCAUGGGUGCUGCCCUGUGGCCUCCGGGCUGCACCCGGGCAUUCGAGGUGGUCUGGAGGAGUCUGGGCUCCCAGAGCUCAUGAAACAGCUGGUGAGAGGGACAGGCAGGCAGACUCUGAGCUGGAGUCCAAAUCGCUGGGAAUGAUGGGAAUCGCUUAUGGAACAGGACUUACCCUCCCAGGUAAGGGAGAAGCUCAUGGAUGGUCUAAGAGCAAGGCGUGCCGUGGGGAGAUGUCCAAGCACGUGAGCAGAGCCUGGGCAGAGGGGCAGCAGGGGCAGGAACAUUCCAUAAAGCCCAUCUCUUCUGUCUCAGAAGCUUUGUGUUUGGGAAACUUUGAGGCCAGGCCUCCAUGGUCUAGUGUGAGCCUGGGCCCCCUGGCGAUUCCAGCCCUCUCCAGGAGGUUCGGACUGCCUCCCUGCUGACCACGGGACACACAGCCUCGUCCCCGGGGGAGUUGCGAGGGGCUGAGGGGUGAAGUGAGGUCAAGCCUGACAGGGUGAAUGGUGAGACAAGGUCCCUGUUCUCUGCACCCGGUCUAAUAAGGACUGCUCCCAGACUGAGGAGACGGGCCGGGCCCUAAGCGUUUCUCUCACCCCGGGAAGUGUGGUCACCACGGGCUGAUGGCAUACUGAUGAGGUGGGAAGGAUGUGCCUUUAGAUCUCAUGUGCCUGAGAUCAAUGAAUUGACUCAGGAUGGAAGAAUCUGCUCACCUUACAUUGAGUGGUUCUUACAAGCAAUAUGUCUAUUAAACUGGGCCUUGGAAGUUGGGCAGUGGUGGAGAAAAUGCUGGUGUGUUCUGAUCAGUCCUCCCGAAGGAAGACUUCAGCAGCCUGGCCCUGCUCCGCACGCCCAGUGUAUCCCGGGGACACCAGGAGGGACACCGGGAGGUCGGGGGAACGGGAGUGAAGGGAGAUGUGGGGUUGAAGGGAGUAUGGAGGCAAGUUGGCAGUUGUUUUGCUGCCAUGGAAAACCUCGAGGCUGGUGGGACUUAGACCAGAAGCACAGUCAGAACUCAGAAGCUUGCUACACCCACGACUCGGCCUAUAACGAAGAGAAGCUGUCUGUGCUUUGGGGAUUACGUCGUUGAGGGAAAAGAACCCCCGUGCUGAUUUAAUUCAGGUCGUUCCCAAAUCGCAGAAUGUUGAUCUCCCUUACCAGGGCCACCCCACCAGCUACCCCGUGGUCAGGAUAACUAGCUAGCACGUGAUGCUGUAUAAAUUGGAUUACAAACCAUUCUUUGUGCUCACCCUGCACUAUUCUAUAUAAAU